GGUGGAUUUUUGCCUCUUUCGGAUUGCAACACUGGACUCCAGACAGGCACUUCAGGCCAUCGCGUGGUCAAUGUGAGGCUGCUCCACACUGCAGCCCUUCUUGGUCAAGGAGUAAUUUUUGGAGAGAAAGCAUGCCGAGAUACACAGUGCAUGUCCGAGGAGAAUGGCUGGCAGUGCCGUGCCUAAGCUCCACGAACACCAUUCGGUGGCUGGGAAAGGAAGCUGUGAGGCGAUACAUGAAAAACAAACCUGACAAUGGGGGAUUUGCCUCAGUGGAAGAAGUGAAGUUUUACAUUCGAAGGUGCAAGGGACUUGGCUUGUUGGAUCUUGAUGAUACAGUGGGAGAUGCUCUAGAGGACAAUGAAUUUGUUGAAGUUGUUAUAGAAGGAGAUAUAAUGUCUCCAGAUUUCAUACCAUCUCAGCCAGAAGGAGUUCAUUUAUACAGCAAAUACCGAGAACCAGAACAGUAUAUUUCUUUAGAUGGCAACAGCUUAACAACGGAGGACUUGGUCAAUUUAGGAAAGGGGCUCUACAAGAUAAAGCUUACACCUGAAGCUGAAGCUAAAGUCAAACAAUCACGAGAAGUGAUUGAAAGGAUCGUAAAUGAACAGACAGUUGUUUAUGGAAUCACCACAGGGUUUGGGAAGUUUGCCAGGACUGUCAUCCCAAACAGUAAGCUGAGGGAGCUUCAAGUGAACUUGGUUCGUUCUCAUUCUGCAGGUGUGGGGAAACCUUUGACCCCUGAGAGAUCUCGCAUGCUGUUGGCAUUGAGAAUCAAUGUCCUGGCCAAAGGAUACAGUGGAAUAUCCCUAGCAACCCUCGAGCAAGUUAUUGAAGCAUUUAAUGCAUCGUGCCUUCCUUAUAUCCCAGAGAAAGGGACAGUUGGAGCCAGUGGAGACUUGGCCCCCCUCUCUCAUCUUGCUCUGGGAUUAAUUGGAGAGGGAAAGAUGUGGUCCCCAAAGAGUGGCUGGGCUGAUGCUAAAUAUGUCCUGGAAGCCCAUGGACUGAAACCAAUUACCUUGAAACCAAAAGAGGGCCUGGCCCUCAUCAAUGGGACACAAAUGAUCACCUCACUGGGAUGUGAGGCGGUUGAAAGAGCCGCGGCCAUAGCGAGGCAGGCUGACAUAGUCGCUGCCCUCACACUCGAAGUCUUGAAGGGCACAACAAGGGCCUUUGACACUGACAUCCAUGCAGUACGGCCACAUCGAGGGCAGGCUGAGGUGGCAUUUCGAUUCAGGUCACUUCUAGAUUCUGACCAUCAUCCAUCAGAAAUAGCAGAGAGCCAUCGAUUCUGUGACCGAGUUCAGGAUGCAUACACAAUGCGCUGCUGCCCUCAGGUCCAUGGAGUUGUAAAUGAUACAAUUGCUUUUGUGAAGGACAUAAUGACAACUGAAAUCAAUAGCGCCACGGACAACCCUAUGGUGUUUGCUGAAAGAGCAGAGACCAUUUCUGGAGGAAAUUUUCAUGGUGAAUAUCCUGCAAAGGCUCUGGACUAUUUGGCAAUUGGUGUGCAUGAACUCGCUGCAAUUAGUGAAAGAAGAAUUGAGAGGCUCUGCAACCCCUCACUCAGUGAACUGCCUGCAUUUUUAGUCACUGAAGGAGGUCUGAACUCAGGCUUCAUGAUUGCACACUGCACAGCAGCUGCCCUGGUUUCUGAGAACAAAGCCUUGUGCCACCCCUCUUCUGUGGAUUCCCUGUCAACUAGUGCUGCUACAGAGGAUCACGUGUCCAUGGGAGGAUGGGCUGCAAGAAAAGCUUUGAGAGUUAUUGAACACGUGGAACAAGUUCUGGCUAUUGAGCUUCUUGCCGCCUGCCAGGGCAUUGAAUUCCUGCGCCCUCUGAGGACAACAACCCCAUUGGAGAAGGUCUAUGACCUUGUGCGCUCCGUGGUGAGGCCUUGGAUGAAGGAUCGCUUCAUGGCCCCAGACAUCGAAGCAGCUCACAGGCUGCUUGUGGAGCAGAAGGUGUGGGAAGUGGCUAAACCUUACAUUGAAAAGUACAGGAGGGAACAUAUCCCUGAAUCAAGACCCAUUUCACCUACAGCUUUCUCCCUGGGAUCGCUGAGAAUGAAUGCUGAUGUUAGUCAUGACCAUGAGCAUCAGGAUGAACUUCAAGAGCUGUAAUCCUCUGGUAGAGAGCAGAUCCUUUCCAGACCUUGUCUGAGGGUGGCUGUUCUACUCAAACUCAAUGUGGUUUCUCCAGGUGACUCAGGGGACUUGACUGUCUAGCUCAGGAGUACAAACAGAUAUUAAAGAAAUGGCUCACUGCUUUCCUGACAUGUGAAAGACAACUUUGUCCUGAUAGUGUGGUUUUGACUGAAUCUCCUGAACUUCUGAACACAAAUCAUUCAGACUCCUGCUGAAACCAGUGGAUGUUUUAUGCAGGGCCUCCUGUAUUUGUUUUGUCAGCUCUUUGCCUGUUUUCUCUUCAUUUGUGCCAAUGAUAUCAGCCUGUUCUCACUUUUUUUUUCCGCUUUGUGUAACUGCUGUGGUCCCCUUCAUUUUGCCACAAGAAAAAUUAUCUUUACAUUUAAUUCUUCUUUCUUUUGCAGAUCAUAUGUGAAGUACAGGUUCUUGUAUAACAGGAGCAUUUUUUGAGCAGGUGCUUCACAAGUCAGAAAAGCUGAGUGGAUAAGAAUGUGCUAUGGAGAUUAUUUCUCCAGAACAAAUAUUCUGGAGAAGUUCUUUCAGAAGUUCCUAUGUCCCUGUUACCUAUGUCUCACUCCCAGCCACUGUGGAUGUCGUCACUGAAGUGAGCCACGCUAAUGCAGCUUUCCAAGAGCUAUGUGCUCACAUCUGCAAUCAAUAAACUGAGGCUUCACAUAAGACUAUAACAAUCUAUUUUCCUGUCAUGUGUGAUGAUGAAAAUGUAAAGCAAAAGCUUAAUUUGGAAAUAAAGAGGACAGGUGAAACAGGGGCCAGAAAAGGGGGAGGAGGAGGUGUAGGAAUGGUGGAUGUGAACAAGUGCUGAGGCAAUAGCACUAAGAACUACACUGCCAUGGCUCACCAGGUAUCUGCCUGGCUGCCAAGGGCUCAUGACAUGUUCUCUGUGUUACAACACUGACCUCUGGCACAGGCUUUAUUCUACAAGGGAAGAGUCAGGACAUAGAUUUCACAUCGUGGUGCAAUGAUGACAUGGCACUACUGAGCUUGCUGUGGGGCAUUCAGAAUGAGCUGGAAAUCUUCCCAGGCUAUUGGCUAUGCUGCAAGGGGUGGCCAAACCACUAGUGUGGGGCUACCCUUGAGCGUUUCAGACCUACCAUGUUAAAUGUGCCCUGAGGAGGGGGCUCAUGCCUGUUGGCAACCUACCAGGGAGACACCUAACCUGGCCAGAAGACCUGAGAACUGGGGCACCCAUGGCACAUGAGUUCCCAGUUCAGGUCCUUCCAUCUGCACCUGAGGUGCAGCAUCUCCAUCCUGUCUCUCCCUCAUGUGCCAAGAAAGUCCCUACCCUUUCAGCUUGAGGCUCUCUGUAGCAGGCAUAUCUCAAUCUCCUCCUGAAGCUGUUCCAUUUUGUAUAGAAUAAGGUAUUAAUUAAAAAUGAGUGAAAAUGAACAGCCAAGCUUAUUAUAUCUUGUAGGAUCAACCACUUGCCCUCAGCUUUGUGUUAAGGCUGACAGUUCCUUCAGCAGCAAGGCUGGCAGAAGUUCCUACGUCCAUGUUACCUAUGUCUCACUCCCAGCCACUGUGGAUGCU